CAGCUGUGUACCUAUACUUAUCCAAUAUGGCUGCAAGUAAAAAAUUGUAACGCUGCGAAAAGUUGCAUCUAAAACUGCAUUUUCUGCUUAAAUAUUUAGAUAAGAGAGAGCCAGGAAUGUGAAAUAGUGAAGAGAAAGUGGAAAACUAGUGAAAAAACAAGUGCGUGUAAAGAAAUUCAAAAGGAAAACUAAAAAACGCAUAAGUCGCCGGUGCCCCGCCAAAAAAAGAAGACUCCCCCGCCUCCUUGAAAACAUAUCUCUCAAGAAGCAAGAAAAGUAGUCGUGAAAUGGAAGCCGACAUAACGCCCAUGGCGGAAACAAAUGGAGAGCAGCGCGAAAAUCCCCGGGAAACCGUGGGAAAUCCAGAGCAACAGCCACGGGAAGUGGCUAAAUCCAUGGAUACCGCCGAAGAUGGCGUCUCUGAAUCAGUCGGCCAGAUUAUAGAUUAUCUAGAGGAGGAUGGCGGCGCAGCAGCGGACCAGGACGCGGAAAUGGGUGAGGCUGAGUAUCUAGAUGGUGAAAUGCCGCAGGAUGAGGAUACCGAUGGACUAGAUGCUUCCCAAGGGGAGAAGACGAAGGAAGCAGGGAGUAAGGAGAAUUCGCAUGAAACUUCUGCUGAAAAUGAUGUCCUAAAGGAAAAGUCUGGCGAGGAAGAAGAAACACCAGACGAGCAUGAGAAAGUAAAGAGUCCAGCAGCCAAAGACGCUGGCGAUGACAACACAGACAAGUUGGAGGAAGAUUUAGAUGAUGAAAAAGAUGGCGAAGAGGAUCCAGAGGAUGAAGAAGAAGCUGCCAAGGGAGACGAGGAGUCAGGUGGCGAGGAAGAAGACGAGCAGAUCGAAGAAGUUGAGGAGAUUGACCCAGAGUUUGAAACCGGCACCGAUGCCGAGGGAGAACUUAUCAUUGGUGAUGAACCCGCGGAGCUUGGCGAGGAACUACCCGUUCGGGAGCGCAAGAAGGAGGAGCCCGUGGACGAGAACCAGUGCCGCGUUUGCACCAGCAAGGAGGAACUGGUCGAUCUGUUCAAGAAGCAAAUCGAUGCCACGCCAGCGGAUCUGCUGCUGGUCAUCUGUCCCAGUGUCUCGAUUUUGCCCAAGGACUUUAUGCCGCAGUUCAUAUGCACCAAGUGCAUGGGCAGCCUCACCAUUGCCAUACAGCUCCGAAAGCAGCUGGAGAUGACGGACCAGGACCUCCGCAAGCGCUUGUCCCGGAGCAAGAACAAAGUCAGGAGACCACGCGGUUACGUGGUCAUCGAUGCUCCCGUCACCGACUCCAGUGAGGAUGAAGACGAGCUCGACGAUGAGUUUAAGGUAUCCGAUGUGGCCGGCACCACGAGUGCCGAUAGCGAUUCCGCGGACUCCGAUGAGAGUGAGAAGAAGGAGAAAAAGAAACCCGGACGUCCGCGAAAGAAGCCGCUGAAGAGGAGCCCCGAGAGCGAUGGCGAACCAUCCAGUGCCCAAAAGAAGAAGUACCAGCCCUCAUCAACGGCUUCCGUGGGUCCAUUCGAGUGUCCCAAUUGCGAUCUAACCUUCUCGCGCAAACAGUCCUACGUGCUGCACCGCAAGACGCACGAAAGGAUAGAGCAUGCCUGUCCCAUUUGCGGCAAGAAGUUCAAGGUGGAGUGGGCCUACAAGACGCACAUGCAGCGGCACGAGCAGGAGCGGGCCCACUUCCGCUGCGAGCUGUGCCCCAAGAUAUUCCGGCUGCGUGCGGAAUUGAAGCACCACAUGGCCCAGCGACAUGAUGAGCACGGAUUCAUCUACGAGUGCAAGCGCUGCCAGCGAACUUUCCUAACUCAGCAGCGCUUGCAGCGCCACCAGGCCAUCGGUUGUCAGCGGCACAAGGAGGAGUUAGGCGGCCGGAUGAAGGAUGAGACGCGCAUCAAGCAGGAGCCGCGCAUCAAGGAGGAGCGCAUGGGCCAUCACGGACAGGGCAAACGUCGUCCUGGCGAGGGACGCGAUCUUUUCAAGGCCGUCGCCCCACCCACCACCACCUACUGGAGCGAUAGCUUCUCGGACUAAAAUUCAGGAUACGGUGUUUUGCGGAUUUCUGUUUAAUUCAACGAUUUUAAGUUUCCCUAGCUGUAGAAAAGAAAUCAGUGCAAAUAAAUCACAUUUGUAAUAAAUACAAAAUAAAAUAAGUAAAAGUUUUACAAACUUGUAAACUUCUCAAACUAAAUAAGUAAGGAGGAAAACAAUAAAAAGCUUGAUAAAUUUCAAA